GAGCAGUUGCAUGCUUUACUAAUAGACCCUGCAAUUCUUCCAUUUGUACUUUUGACACUCUGUAUUAAGUGUGAUAAACGUCAUGCACUCGGUCUGUGUAUGAAUAUAGAAGACUGCCAAAUAAGGAAGACAGGGAAGUUGAUGCAAAUUUUAUGCAAGGCUAUAAAAGGCCAAGGAGAGCUUUGUGCGGGGCCGCACUCCGAUGGUGAAGACUUACUUGCUGUUAUUUUCAUUUUUUAUUACUUAUUUGUUGUUGUCUACUAAUAAAGUGAAGCCAUUACAAAUGGUGAUGCGUUAAAAUUUUAUUAAAAUAAAAGUCUCUGAGUAAUUUAUUUAUGAGUUAAAUAUUAUUCUGGAACUGAAUAUUUCUUUCAAGCCUCAAGAAGUACGAACUCAGCUGAGCAGAUUUGAGUGCUGGGGAGGAUUCCAAGUCUUUUCGUCACAUAUCCAGAUCUCAACGCUCCAAUGGCAGUUUAUGACCCAGUGCCCACCGUCAUGUCGGCCACAGUAACUCAGACAUUCCAGUCUGUUGUACCUGAGCCGGCUCCAAUAGCAGUUUACAACCCACAGCCCACUGUCAUGCUGCCCACAGUAACUCAGACAUUCCAGCCUGCUGCAGCUGCCAUGGUGGUAGCUGCGCCUCCACGUCUGACUGACGUCCCGGGGCAGAUGAAAUGUCCUCGCUGUCAGCUAGAGGUCGUCACAGAUAUAACAUAUGUCAUAGGCCUGAUGACGUGGGUCAUCUCUGCAGGUCUUGCCAUUUUCAUGAUCUGGCCGUUUUGUUUGGUCCCUUUUUGUUGGAAUUCCUGCAAGGACGUAGAGCAUCGCUGCCCAUUAUGCAAAAGCGUCAUCUAUGUGUACAAACGCAAGUUCUGAAAUAAAGAAAUUCCGAAAGACCAAAAGAAAACUUUACCGCUAACAUCUUCUGGACAGUACUGGGUUUUCUAAUUCAAAGAAAAACAACACGAUGACAUGCAAAAGGCUGAUAUAUUUCCUUCUUUAUGCAAAUAUAUGUACAUAUAUAUACAUAUUUGUGUAAAUAGGGAAAGUGAAACCCAUAUGGUCUUGUCGUGUCAUGGUGGAGUUUUUCUUUGAAUUGGGAAGUUAUAUAUUGAUAUAUAUUUUGAUAUGAUAUAUGAUUUGUCCUUUUCUUUUUCCUUUUUUUAUUGUAAAAUUUAGAAUGAACUCUGCAGGAUGUACUUAUCAUGCAUUGUAAUGUAAUCAAGCAGAAUAUACAUUUUACUUUUUGUUGGCAUUUUUACAUAACAAACGUUUAUUUCAAUGUUUGCUCUCAGUAAAAAAACAAUUAACAAUCAUGCCUUUGUAUGUUCUACUGCAUUCUCUUAAUAACUAAGUUGUGCAGUCAAGGAAAAUUAACAAAAUGAUUUGAUUGUGACAGAACUAAGGGAACGUUCCAAUUUUACAUUUAAAACAUUAUGUGAACGUUACUUUUAAAUGUUUUCUAAACAUUCUGAGACAAGUAACGUUUUAGCUAAGCUAUACACACAUCCUACGAAAACGUUUUAGAACUAUAUAAUUAGCUAACGUUCCUUGGACUAAUUUGUUUUGAGAAGGCAAAGACCAGAUAAUGAUUUCUUAACGUUACUGGGAGACGUUUGUUCGUAACUUUGAGAGAAACUUGACAAAACAUUAGUUCCCUGUUAAUAGACUCUGUUAUGGAAAUUUUUAAUUUUGUUAAUCUUGCAAUGAUUGCAUUCAUCUCAUUUAAGUAUCUUUUUAAACAUACAAUGAUCAAGGUAGUAUAUAGUCCAUAGGGAGAUUGAGUUAUUUUAUGUAACUUGUGCACGUAACUGCUUUAGGUUGAAAAACAACAUUUAAGGGGAAACCAUGUACCAGGGACGGGCAGUUUUGAGAGUAACCAGACAUCUACCAUGUAAUGUGCAUGAGAUGUGCAUGUGUUAUGGGGUGAUGUGCACUGAGCAACAUGAUUGGCUCAAAGGUCCUAAUCUGUCCUUCAAUGUAUCUUUUAACAUAUUAUAAAAAGUGUGCUGUGAGUUUGUGUG